AAUUUAUGCAAUGGAAGUUCGUCGGAGGCGAACAAGAAGAUUAGAUAAUAAGCAGCCACAGGUACAAAGCGCCAAGUUUGAUUAUGAACAUAUUCCUAGUAAUUGCAUUAAAAACGUCGAACAGAACGAGGGAGAUGAAAAAAUGCUUUCGAAUGCGACUGAAAAGUUUAAAAUAGUGAAAGAAUCGGUAAGUGAUGCACCGAGGUCUCGAAUUAAAAUAAGUCUUGAAAUCGAUUUGAUUUCAGUUAUUUUAUUAGUGACUGGACUUAUUACUCGACUUUAUCGCUUAGAAGAACCACGGAGUAUAGUGUUUGAUGAAUUGCAUUAUGGAAAAUAUGUAGGACUCUAUAUGAAAAGAAUAUUCUUUUUUGAUUCACAUCCUCCUUUGGGGAAACAACUUAUUUCUGCAGCAGCAUAUUUAGCUGGAUUCAAUGGACAAUUUAAAUUUGACAGAAUAGGAAAUUCUUACGCAGAUAUUGUUCCUUUGUUUGCGUUGCGAUUAGUGCCAGCGCUAUGCGGCAGUCUUCUAAUUCCGACAGUUUAUCAUUUGAUUUUAGAAUUAGGUCUAAAACAAUGGACUGCUGCUUUAGCGGGAUUUUUAUUAUUACUCGGUAAUUCAUUGUAUUAUAUUUUUAGUUCACUGUACAUUUAUCUAGUAUUGAAUAUAAUUCAAUUUUCAUUAUUUGGAUUGAUAUGUAUUAUAAAAUUCAGAAAAGUCAUGGAUCAACCAACAUCUUUGUCCUGGUGGAUAUGGUUAAUUUUGGGUAUUGCAAAUUUAACAUGUGCAUUAUGUGUAAAAUAUGUUGGAUUAUACUCAUUGGUUCUUGCAUUACUGUUAAUUGUUUAUGAUUAUUGGAAAUUGAUACCAAAGAAAAGUUUAUCUAAUACAGUAUUAUGCUUUCAUCUUGCAAUAAGAAUUUUUGUAAUAUUAAGUGUUAUUUGUACCAUUUACUUGACUGUGUUUUAUAUACAUUUAACAAUACUUUCUAAAGCUGGACCACAUGAUUCGGUAAUGACAAGUGCUUUUCAAGCAAGUUUAGAUGGUGGUCUUGCUAGCAUUACAAAAGGCCAACCUUUAGAAGUUAUACAUGGAUCACAAAUUACUUUAAGACAUACAUAUGGAAGAGCUUGUUGGCUCCAUAGUCAUAAUCAUAUGUAUCCACUAAAAUAUCCAGAUGGAAGAGGUAGUUCUCACCAACAACAAGUUACAUGUUACUCAUUUAAAGAUGUUAACAACUGGUGGAUUGUGAAGAAACCAGAAAGAAAUGAUUUAGUUGUUACAAAACCCAGUGAAUCAAUAAAGCAUGGCGAUGUAAUACAAUUGAUACAUGGAAUUACAAGUCGAGCACUAAAUUCACAUGAUGUUGCAGCUCCAAUGACACCUCAGAGUCAGGAGGUGUCAUGUUAUAUUGAUUAUAAUGUGUCUAUGCCUGCUCAAAAUCUUUGGAGAGUGGAAAUUACUAACAAAGAUAGUACUGAUCAUGUUUGGCAUGCAAUUCAAAGUCAAAUACGGUUGAUACAUGUAAAUACAGAUUAUGCAUUAAAAUUUAGUGGAAGACAAUUGUCUGAUUGGGGUUUCAAUCAGCAUGAAGUAGUGGCAGAUAAAUUAGUGGAUCAAACAGAUUCCAUAUGGAAUGUUGAAGAACAUAGAUAUACUAAGAGUGAAGAUCAAAAACAAAGAGAAAGGGAAUUGAUUAAUGCUGAAAUGAUCCCAUUACAAGCAACCACUUUAAGUUUUUGGGAGAAAUUCGUAGAAUUACAAAUUAAAAUGUUUUUGAGUGGUCAAGAAGGACAAAACAGUCAUAUGUAUUCUAGUGAUCCCUUAGAUUGGCCAUUAAUGUCUAGAGGAAUUGCAUAUUGGGUUUCUAAUGACAGUAAUGCUCAAGUACAUCUCCUAGGAAAUAUAGCAAUUUGGUAUUCUGGGACAGUAUGUGUAAUUAUAUACACCUUUCUUUUAAUAUUCUAUAUGUUAAGACGAAGGCGAAUGUGUUUUGACAUUGCACAUGAAGAAUGGAACAAAUUUUCUAAUAUUGGAAGCAUUUUAUUAACUGGAUAUUUGUUACAUUUUUUGCCUUUUAUAUUUGUUGAAAGAACUCUAUUUCUUCAUCAUUAUUUACCAGCAUUUGUCUUUAAAUUAUUGCUUACAUCAGCAACAAUAGAGCACCUGCAUUACUUAAUAGGAAAUCGAUAUAAGCACAAUUUUUUGAUGUACAUAUUAAAAUUCAGUACUGUUAUAUGGAUGAUUUUUAUUAUUUAUGUAUUUAAGAAAUUUGCAGUACUUAGUUAUGGAACAACUCAUUUGAGUGCCAAGGAAGUUUUAAAAUUGAGAUGGAGAGACACAUGGGAUUUUAUUAUACAUAAAACAUAA